AUGCUACUGAAGCAGACGUUGGCGCUUCUGGCCAUUGGCCUUGCGCCACUAUCCGUCUCUGCGGCCCAUUUCGCAGUUACUGGUGCACCUGUUGACGCUGGUGCAGCUGUUCCCAUGAGACUGAACAUCAAUGACUUCCAGGCAAAGGGCGGUCCUCAAUGGGAGCUUUAUCUCCGGGCUCUCAAGUCUCUCCAGGACAAGGAUGCUCGCGAUCCACUCUCUUACUUUCAAGUUGCUGGUAUUCACGGUCUGCCGUAUGUUGAAUGGAACAAAGGAGGCGCAAAAAAGGCAACGGGGUGGGCAGGGUACUGUCCUCACGGCGAAAACAUCUUCUUGACAUGGCACCGUCCGUUUGUCCUGCUGUACGAGCAGGUUGUCGUUGCCGAAGCAAAAGUCAUUGCCAACCAAUACCCCGAGAAGUACCGUGCCCAGUACGUGGCCGCGGCUAAAACCCUUCGUGUCCCUUACUGGGACUGGUCAGCCGAUCCUAACGUCCCUCCUGCUACUAUUCCCUCAACCGUGACAGUCAACGUUCCCAACGGCCAGAGUAUCAAGAAGACCACCAUCAACAACCCGCUGCAAACCUACAACUAUCCCAAGGCGGCGUUGAAUGGAGAGUUUGGAAGAUUCCCCCGUAACGCAAAGACUGUUCGAUGCCCUGCCCCACAGAGUUAUCCUGCUUCGGCGAACCAGGGUCUCAAGGGCCUUGGCUUGAAGCAGAGUACAUACGACGCCUUUACCUAUUCCACAAACUUCAAUGAGUUUGCCGUCACACGCCAAGAUGGCCUUGGCCUCGAGCAGAUGCACAACUCCAUUCACUGGGACGCCGGUUGUGGAGGACAGUUUCUCGAUGCCAGCAUUGCCGGAUUCGAACCCUUGUUUAUGCUUCACCACACUCAAGUCGACCGUCUCUGGACAUACUGGCAGUUCAUCAACCCCGCCCAGUCCAUCUUCACCACCUCCUACAAAGGCCAAUCUCGCUUCUCCACGCCUCAAAACACACUCAUCACGCCCGACUCCCCCCUCCAGCCAUUCUACGACUCCAGCGACAAAUACUGGACCUCCAAAAAGACAGCCAGCAUCAAGGGCAUGGGCUACACCUACCAAUCUCUCGAGUACUGGAAGAAGUCCGCCGCGCAGCUCAAGACCGACGCUACCAAGCUCAUGAACACCCUCUACGCCCCCAAGUCAUCCGGCAAGCGUGACGUCGCUCCCACCAAGACCCGAUACUUUGCCCGCGUGGAGCUCAACAGAACGCAGGUCGAGCGUCCGUGCUCGGUGAACGUCUUCAUCAGCGGCAAACAGGCUGGCAGUGUGGUCGUCAUGCAGUUGCCCGAGGAGGGUAUUCUGCGCGGGAGCGUGGCUGUUGACGACAAGAUGGCUGAGGCGUUUGGCAAGACGGCUGAUUCGGACGGUUCCAUGGGUUCGGUGGAGCAUUUGGUAGAGAUGGAGAUUCGCAAGCCGGAUGGGACGAUUAUCCCGAUUAAUACGGUGCCGAGCUUGAAUCUUACGCUUGAGCAGGUGGCUGUGACGCCGCCAAAGAGUAAUACCGAGUUUCCUAAGCCUGGCAAGAAGAAGAAUCAUAGGGCUGGGCUUCGUGAUCGUCACAGGAGGAAGAAGCACAAUGACGAUGACGACUAA